UUCCUUCCUGCUUCAAAACCGUCGCCAAAGUGAUAAGAACAUCGUGUCUUGCAGAAAGCGGUGUUGAUAUUGACGUUUUGGAAGGAUUAGCUGAUGGGAAAUUUGUCGAGGACAGGGCUCUGAUGUGUUACUUGAAGUGUUGGUGGGCAAAAAUGGGAGUGAUAAAAGCUGAUGGCACUGUCGAUUAUAAAAAACUGAUCAAUGCCAUUCCUGAAAACAUCAGACCACCUUAUGCAUCGAAUAUUAAGGCAUGCAAAGAUACAGUUGGUUCAGAUGUCUGCGAAACAGUUUUCUUGUUUAAUAAAUGCUUGUUCCAAGUAAAACCCCAGGAAUAUUUCUAUUUCUAAAUAAUAAAUGUAAAACGACAAUGUAUUGAUUAUGAUCACCUGGAAUUAUAUAGUAGAAUAGUAAAGCAAU